AUGACUUGCUUAAAUGACUUCGUAAGCAGCAGCCUGCGCAGUAGCAGCAAAAACAUAAUAAUAGCGUUGCAUAAAUUUAUAUACCAAGAAGAAGGUGAUAGAAAUAAUCGAAAGAGAUUGAGAGAAUUUUCUGGAUUCGAUUACGACGAAAAUGACAAGGCGUAUGCAAGCAAAUGCGAAUAUAUUAAAAAUAAUUUGACUGAACGUGAUUUGGUUUCAAUUUGUAUUGUACUAAAUAUAAGUUAUUGUGUUAAAGAUGUACAACUGCACAUAUUUCGAAAUCUACGUAAAAAUUUUUUGUUGUCCGAAAACGCAAACGACGAUGAAUGUAAUGACGAAGAAGGAGAUGAAGAAGUCGAUGAUGAUGAUGACGAAGGAGGAGAUGAAGAAGUCGAUGAUGACGUUGACAGUAAACGCACUUUCAGAGGCAAUGAACGCGAGUUUAAAAAAUCUCGUGACGAUAAUGGCAAUAAAAUGUUUGAAGUGGAUGAUAAUAAUAAAGCAGCAGCGUACACACGUACAAAAUUUUUACAAAGAGAAGCACCAAAAUUUGCAAUGAACUUUCGCGAUAUAGAGGACUCAAUUAGACCAUUUGAUGGCACAAAUAUCAUUUCGGUAGAAAGGUGGAUUGAAGAAUUCGAGGAACAAGCUGCACUGAUGUGUUGGGAUGGGUUUCAAAAACUAGUGUUUGCAAAAAAAUCUCUUAGAGGCAUUGCUAAACUUUUUAUUUUGAGUGAAAGAGAUAUCGCAUCUCGCGGCAAUAUCGAAGACGAAGCGCUGAUUCAGUAUAUAAUAGAUGGAAUUAGAGACGGUUAUGUAAAUAAAAUGAUACUAUAUGGUGCAAAGAACCUUAAUGAAUUUAAAGACAAAUUAAGAUCAUAUGAAACAAUGUGUGAAAAAAGUAAGCAAGUUAACGAUUUUAAACAAAGCGAAAAGAAAAGUUUCUCAACAAAUAAAACAGAAGUGAAAUGCUACAAUUGUGGUGAAAAGGGACAUUUGUCCAUGAAUUGCAAAAAUAAAAAUCGAGGUACUAAAUGCUUUAAGUGCAACCAGUACGGACAUAUUUCUAAAAACUGUGAACGAGCCGAAAACAAAAUAAAUACGCGCAGUUUACAGCAAAAAAACAAUUUAACUACCAAAUCCAUUUUUAUUGGCAAUUUACAGUGCGCAGCCCUAUUCGAUACAGGCAGUAAAUUUAAUAUAAUUCGCGAAGACUUAUACAACAAGUUGAAUAAGCCUAUCUUAGAAAAAUGUAACGUAUGUUUAAUUGGUUUCGGUAGUGAUCGCAAUUCAAAUAGGAUUAAACCAAUUGGACAUUUUAAAAACUUAAUUAAAAUUGACGAUAAUGAGUUCAUAUUAGAUUUUUAUGUCGUUCCAAUUCGGUGCAUGGACUUACAAGUGAUCAUUGGCGAAGAACUAUGCUUAUACGCUGAAAUUUUAUUUAAUCGUGAUGGUAUAAACGUUCGUAAAAUCCUCGACGAAGACGAUCCCAUAGACGAAGAAGCUAAAAUAAUGAAAAUUGACUUAGUAAAUGACAACAAAACGAUUGAUAUCGACAAAACCGCUAGUGAGAAUGCGAGACAACAGGUACGUGAAAUGAUCAUAAAUUAUCAGCCGAAUCAAUGUAAAACAACACAAGUGGCGAUGUACAUAGUGCUCAAAGACGAAACACCCAUUUAUUCUAGGCCGCGUAGAUUACCGUUCACGGAGAGGUGCAUUGUGGAUGAGCAAGUGGAACAGUGGUUGAAAAAUGGUGUAAUUGAACGAUCGGAGUCAGAAUUCAGUAGCCCAGUUGUAUUGAUAAAAAAACGCGACGCUACUGUAGAAGAGAAUACGCCAGCGGGUGUCAGCAUCUUGACAGUAAAAGCGAUAGAUGGUGAUGUUGGCAUACCGCGUGAUAUAUUCUUAUCACUAGAAGAUGAAGAAUUCGGUCACUUCGAAUUGGUACCAUUUGGUGAUCCGAAAGAGGGGAUGGCUGUAUUGAAAACUACUGAUAAGCCUUUGGAUCGUGAAAAUCCUGAAAUUUUACAAAAUGGUGGAGUUUAUGUAUUUACUUUACGUGCAACAGAAUUGAUUAACGGUGAAAUACCAGCUGAUUAUGCUACUACCCGUAUAACAAUUGUAGUUACUGAUAUUGACGAUCAUAUACCUGAAUUCAAUGCUGAUUUUUUCAAUAUAUCCAUAACUGAGAACUUGGGAAAUGGAAUGCCUUUACCAGGGCUGUCAGUUUUUGUAGACGAUCGCGAUAUGGGUGAAAAUAGUCGUUAUCAAUUGUCAAUGCGUGAUAUUGAAAAUUCAGCAAAUGUUUUUGCCGUAAGUCCGGAGGAAGCACAAGGACGAACUCCUGUAGUUGUAAGAGUUUUAGACUCAAGUAAACUAGAUUACGAUGUUGAGGAUGCAAGUAAGCGUUACUUUGAGUUUGAAAUCAUAGCCAGUGUACAUGGGUUGGAAAAAGCUUCAACGCGGGUGCAAGUGCAUUUAUUAGAUGCUAACGACAACUCACCCAUUUUUGAGAAACAUGAUUAUCGUUUUUCAGCUGCUGAAAAUUUGUCUGUGAAUUCAAAAAUUGGUACAAUUAAAGCAACUGAUAAGGAUUCCAAUGAAUUUGGAAAAAUUACUUAUCUCGUGAAAGGUUUUGGUUCGGAAAAUUUUCAUAUCGACAGUGACACGGGUGAUGUUUACAUACAAAAACCUUUGGACUAUGAAAAGCAAAAUAGUUACAGUUUGACUGUAGUUGCUAUGGACGGAGGAGGGCGUGAAACAAAUGCAAACGUUUACGUUGAAGUAACCGAUGUUAACGAUAAUUACCCACAAUUUGAGAGCACCGAUUAUACACGAACUAUACGUGAAGGUACUUCCAAUUUUGAACCACAAUUCUUUGUACGUGCCACAGAUGCUGACGGUCCAACUCAAGGUGGUGGAAAAAUUAUAUAUGGUAUAGUGUCAGAGAAUAGUAUAUCUGGUAAUGUUUGUCGUAUUGAUGAAGAAACAGGUGAAAUAACGCUACAAAAAGUAGCUAAAUCAAUGGAUACUGAACGGGGAGAAUAUGAGCUUAUGGUAACUGCAACUGAUUUCGGUACUCCUCCAUUGACCAGUACUACUCAAGUUCUUAUUCGUGUUGGAAUUUCUGGAAACCAGCGUCCUAUAUUCAAAGGCCACUUUCAGAAUAUUGAAAACGUGCCAGUUAUUGGUCCACCUAGUUAUAGAGUUUCUAUACCUGAAAAUGCUCCACCAGGUUAUAAUGUUACAAUUGUAUCAGCACAUGACCCUGAUGGACUCGAUAGUCUACUUCGUUAUAGAAUUGUUGAUGCUAAAGACAAUUUUGAAAUUGAUGAAAUCACUGGUGUUAUAACAGUUUCCCCACAAGCUCGAAUCGAUCGUGAUGCUAAUAUGGAUAGUUUUGAAAUUACUGUCAAUGCCGUGGAUUCAGGGACACCUAUACCAGAAACAGCAACUACUACAGUAUAUGUUAACAUUAAGGACAUUAAUGAUGAAAAACCAAAAUUCGAGCAUGCAAGCUAUGCUGGUUAUGUGUCUGAACGUACAGAAAUUGGUGAAAGCAUAUUGACUGUCAAGGCCAUAGAUAAGGAUCUUAACUCUAAGUUAAGAUAUAGCAUAAAAAGUAGUAUUAAAGCAACAACAAAGGCUGGUGUAAACAUUGCAAACCGUACUAACUAUAGAGUAGACGAAGCCUUCCGUAUCGAUAGUAACACCGGUGAAAUUUUUGUAAAUAGUUCUUUAAGACAUGAUGUGGCCGCUGUUAUAAUGUUUAUAGUGGAAGGGCGAGACUUAAAUGCCGAAGUUGAUCCCGAUAAUCAAUUUGAUACUACAGAAGUCACCAUAUAUGUGCAAUCAUUUAAAGAUACCAAUCCCGUAUUUAAAAAUAAAUAUUGGUCAAGCAACAAACCUUUAAUAAAUGUCAAAAUAAAAGAAGAAAUGCCAAUCGAUAGUACACUUUACAUAAUACAAGCUGAAGAUCCAGUAACCGGCUAUCCCAUCUCUAGUUUCCAAUUGAUAGAACCAACUGAAUUGAAAUAUUUCCAUAUACAUGAUCGUACUGGUGAAAUCAUAUUAAAAGAACGUUUGGACUACGAAAUGUUAAAACAGGGUAAAACUAACUUCGAAUUUCAAGUAAAAGCCAACUCACCCGAUGGCCAGCGUAGCACAUUAACUAAUGUAAAUAUAACCGUCGAAAAUGUAAAUGACAACAGUCCAGUAUUUAAAGAAACUAUGUAUCAAGCUACCAUAGUCGAGAAUACUAAACAUCCCGCUAAGGUUAUAAAGGUAACAGCCACAGAUAAGGAUGCUGAAUUAACACCGCGUGACACACUUCUGGGUUAUCAUAAAAUAGUAUAUACGCUACAAGGAGAAAAUGCAGCACUGUUUGAAAUAAAUAAUUCAACUGGUGACAUUAUCGUCGCAGCAAAUCAAACGAUUGAUCGCGAACGAACACCGCGUAUUUAUCUACAAGUAAAAGCAGAGGAUUCACCUGGUAAACCGACAGAUGCCAAGCAAAGUAUAGUGAAUCUCACUAUUAACGUAUUGGAUGUGAAUGACAAUGCUCCUGAGUUUAAUCAAAAGAACUACACUGGUGUUAUAGCGGAAAAUGUUCCUAUCGGGUCGUUAGUGCUAAAGGUGUAUGCAAUAGAUUUAGAUGAUGGUCCGGGAGGUGAAGUACGCUAUGAACUCACCAAUGAAGGUGAAGUAAAUGGUUUAUUCAAUAUCGAUGCAGUUACUGGGGAAAUAAAAACAAAGGGUGAAUUAACUGGCAAGGGACGUUCUGAACCAUAUUUCUUAAUUGUUAAAGCUCAAGAUAAUGGAAAUCAAGUUCCAAAACAACAAUCUCUUUCGAGGGACACUGAUGUUAUAUUAUUUAUUGGUGACGUAAGUGCAAACGAUGGCAUACCAUACUUUAUUACUCCAAGAGUUGGACAAACAGCAAAUGUUACAGAGAACUCUCCAACUGGCUCACCAGUAUUUCAAGUUAAAGCAAGUGAUCCAGAUAAUUCAAACACUCCAUCUGGUAUAUUGUCUUACAAAAUACUUAAUGAUACACCUGAUGCGAGUACUUUUGAUAUUGAUGAAACAACAGGUUUGAUAACAACUCUGAUGCCAUUAGAUCGCGAAACUAAAGAUACAUACAAUAUAAUACUAGAAGUUAGUGAUAAUGGAGUACCGAGACAGUCCGUAACAAGCAUCUUACAAAUAUUAGUUCUGGAUAUGGAUGACCACAGUCCGCGAUUUGUUAGAGAAAUAGAUGAAGGACCUUUAACAUUCUCUGUAGUUGAAGAACAACCUGAAGGUACUAUCAUUGGUAAUUUUAGUGCAAUAGAUGAAGAUAUUGGUGAAAAUGCUGCUAUAGACUAUGUAAUUAUUGAAGGCAAUAACGAAAACAUAUUUAGCAUUGAACGUAACAAUGAAAGCAUGGCUAUCUUAAAAACUAACAAACCUAUAGAUAGAGAGUCUAUUGACUCUUAUACAAUAAGCAUUAAAUGUUUGAAAUAUGGUGAACCAAGUUACACAUUUAUAGGUGAUCCCUAUAAUCGUUUUGAUCCUACACAUAUAAGAGUUGUCAUUAAAGUAAUUGAUAUAGAUGACAAUUUACCAGAAUUUGAGCAAAGAGAUGCUUCAAUAGGAAUACGUAUUAAUGUGCCUAUAGAUACCGUUAUAACAACUGUAAGAGCGACUGAUCGUGAUGCUGAGGCAGCACCUAUUGUACUGACUGUUGAGAAUGUAACUUUUGUGCCACAAUUUUAUAAACGUACAAAGCAAAUAGAAACAGAAUCACUACAAAAACUGUUUACACUCAACAAUCAAACUGGAGAGUUACGCACAGGUGGUUCAUUUUCGAACUACGUUGAUGGUUACUUCCAAAUGAAAAUACGUGCCAAUAACUCCAUGAAGGCUAAACGACAUACAUUUAAUAAUUUAAAAAUAUUCGUAAUACGUGAUAAAUCCUUGUUGAAGUUCGUAUUCGCACGUCCGCCAAGUGAAAUUCAGAGUAUCAUUAGACCUUUCCAGGAGCAAUUAAAGAAAAAGCUAGCGCCAAUCGGAUAUGAAUUGCACAUACUCGAUACGCAAGUUCUUACACGUUCAGAUUUAAGUUUUGAUUUCACAUCUACUAGUUCCUGUUUCCAAAUGUUUAAAAAUGGUGCAGCUAUGACAAUGCAAGAAAUGCAGAAACUAAUGAAUUCGGAUAUGAUGAAGCAGGAACUAUUCGACACAUAUGUAGCAUAUGGAGUAAGCGAAGUGGAGUCGUGUUCAGUACGUAGAACACAGGUAGCAGCUAAUAUGAUGGCUUCAGCUGGCACUUGGCUAGUUAUAUUAGCUGCUGUUAUUGGUUUAGCAACCAUUAUCACAGCGUGUACUGCGUGUUGUCUGAAGAAAAAAUACAAAGCAGAGGCAAAACGUAGCUUACAGGCCUCUCGCGCAUCUACCGAACCAUAUGGUAUGGGAGUACCUGCAGUUUUCUAUUCCGAACCUAUUUAUGGUCCAUUGUAGCAGUCAAUAAUCUCUGGUAGAGAAGCAGUUAAAUAUUAGUUCUAAGUAAAUAAGACUGCGCAUAUUAUUUAAUUUUUAUUUUAAGUUUUGUUGUAAAAAGAAAAGAUUAAAUAUUGGAUAAUAUGCCUGUGAUGUAAUUCAGUUAGUAAAUAAGUUUAUGUGAUGCUCAAGAGUAAAUCGAAUGACAACGAAUAGCAGAUAAAGUAUGUAAAUGGUCCUAAAAGUUAAUGUAAAAAGUCCGAAUAAUUAGUGCCUAAUUCUAUAUGUUUUGUAAAGUAUAUAAUAUAUAUAUAAAAUAUUAAGA